CCCUGGCUAUGGUCGUGCCAUACCUAAUGAAAUCGUAUCAAGUCCUCGGCUUAUCACAGCAGCCUUGAUCGCUUGGAUGAUUAACCCGUGGCCGACAGGGGGGAGGGAAUUGAUGCGGGACCUCGGUGCUUGCUCAAACUGGCCCGUUGGCUCGCCAUGUAACUUCGGUCAUUCACAUUUGGCUCUCGUCUUCAGCACGCCUCUCCAGUGUCUCACCAUUUACGCAAGUUGGACACUCCAUAUAUCUAUCAAGAACUGAUGUUCUCAAUUGUGCGAAAGACUCGGCCCUUCCCUUUGGCUUGAUUUCCCAUUUGAUACCUCGUCAUUCUUUGUUGUCUUUCCUUCUCAACUCACCCUCAUUCCUUGUGGUCUCGCACUCUUUUGUUUUACACUCUUUGAUCUACUUUCAAGCAUGUCAUCAUGAGGUCGUCUAUAAGAUUCAUCUUGGUCUCCCUUGCUCUGGGUGCCGAUUUGGUGCGAUGUGCCAUCAACCUCGACGGCUCACAGGCUGUAGAGCCUGCGAGCGAGGAUAACCCCGAUGACCCAUCACCUAUUGGUGACAUCAACACCUACCAGCCUGAUCAGCAUGACUGCCCCCCUCCUUGUGUGGACUACGCCAACAUCCACAGCUGGAUUCCCUACCUAUCUGUCCAACGUCUCAGCCGUUGCAAAGCCCCAAUGCUCCUGCAACUCUCCGUCUCUCAACCCCUCGACGUCGAAGACUCUACCAUCCUCAUCCGCAGUUGCACCCUUGGCUCUCAUUCAACCGCUGCCAAGAUUAUUGAUGAGACUCCGGUUGAAAAUCCUAAGAAGGAAGACACCCUUGUGCAAGACGGUAGUCUCAAUGUUGCUCCAGCCUGCAUUAUCAGCGGCACGCCCGUCUCCACAAAGCUUAGUAUUGGCAAAGGCGACCCUGGCAAUGGAAAUAAAGAGCAUAUUGCCAGUCUCCUGGGGGGCAUCAAAAAAUUCUUCAGCACCAAAGAUAACUGCGAUGAGAAGUUCGUAUUUGCGUACUACCAACAGACUGUUGCAAGUGUCUACAUCGGCCCUGGACUGGGAAAACCAACCGUCAAAUCGGCUCUGGAUGCUCUGGGUGAACACAUCAGCGCCGGUGGCUCUGCGUCCAACCAAACAGUCGCAGAGCUCUGUGGUAACGGACGCAAGCCACAACAAGUCUUUGGAGUGACAAUCGACACCACGGGAGAUCUCGCGGCAGUGCAGAAAGCCGCUCUAGAUUGGAGCAAAGGCACUUGCGCUAUCCAGGGAGCCAUACAGGCUGCUGGGCAGUUCCUAGACGUCCGAGUGUUUGACCUUGCCGGAGAGGAUGCCGAUCUCGUCGACGCUCAUACAACUCCCUCGACCCCCAGUCCAACUCCGGCUCCAACCUCGACGCCGCGAGGACUAGCGGCAAGGCUUCUGGGGCCUUGGAAGCGAAGCGAGUUGGAGAAACGCGCUGUCUGCAAAUACGCUCAGGUCGAGGAUGGUGACAGCUGCACAACCCUUUCUGUCCGGUGCGGCAUUCGUGGCGCCGACUUCCUCAAAUACAACACCAAAAGCAACUUGUGCGCCACUCUCAAGGCUGGUGACUAUGUUUGCUGCUCAGCUGGUGACCCCUACAAGCCCCCGGCACCAGAGCCGAACGCCGAUGGUACAUGCAAGUCUCAUCUCAUUGAGAACGGAGACUCUUGCGAUGCCCUGGCCAAGAAGCACGGAGUCACUGUGAAGGACAUUGAAAAGUGGAACGCAAAGACGACGUGGGCCUGGACUAAUUGUAAGAGCAUCCUUGUCGGCUACAACAUGUGCGUCGGUCCAGGCCUGCCGCCUCUACCACCGCCUCAACAAGGCGCCGAGUGCGGUCCCCUUGUCCCAGGUACGAAGCCGCCCAAGGACAACUCGACAUCACUGGCAGACCUCAACCCAUGCCCUCUCAAGGCUUGCUGCAGUAACUGGGGCUUCUGUGGCGUAUUCCCAGAUCACUGCAAGAUCAACGCGCCCCUGGACGGCGCCCCAGGCACCCGGAAUCCGGGCUUCCAGAACACUUGCGUCUCUAACUGUAACCACGCGAUUAAGGAAAAUUCUGGUCCACCCAAACAGUUUGGAAGAAUUGGUUACUACGAGGCAUUCGGUAUGGAGCGCGAAUGCCUUCAGAUGGGGGUCAAAGACGCCAAUACAGACGGCUCCUACACCCAUAUUCACUGGGCAUUUGCCUCCAUUGACCCACAAACUUGGAAGCCCGUCAUCAAGCAGGGUAAGGACCAGUGGGCAGAUUUUAAAAAGCUUAAAGAGAAGCGUAUUCUGUCUAUUGGCGGUUGGGCCGACUCUACGGAGCCUGGCAAGUUCAACAUCAUUCGCUCGGCCAUCCUCCAGAACCGCGAGACAUUUGCCAACAACCUCGCCCAGUUUGCCAAAGACGAGGGUAUCGAUGGCAUUGACAUUGACUGGGAAUAUCCAGGAGCACCAGACAUCCUGGUUGACGGCAAGCCGAUCGGUGAAAAGAGCGACGGGCUCAAUUACUUGCGAUUCCUCACAGUCUUGAAAGACAAGAUGCCCGCGGGUAAGACAGUGUCGAUUGCAGCACCCGCGUCCUACUGGUACCUCAAGCAAUUCCCCAUCGAUCGCAUCGCCGAAGUCAUCGACUACAUUGUCUUUAUGACGUACGAUCUUCAUGGCCAAUGGGACUACGGCAAUCCAAAUGCUUACGACGAAUGCCCUUCGGGAAAAUGCAUUCGGAGCCACGUCAACAUGACCGAGACCAAAACCUCUCUCUCCAUGAUAACCAAAGCCGGUGUGGCCAACAACAAGAUCUUUGUUGGCGAAGCCAGCUACGGACGAUCAUUUCGGAUGGCCAAGGACGGAUGCUAUACCGCCAUGUGCGAAUUCACUGGCUCCCGACUCAAGUCAAACGCGAAGCCUGGAAGAUGCACUAAGACGGCAGGCUACCUUGCCAAUGCUGAGAUUGACGAGAUUUUCUUAAAUGACGGUGACUAUAAGACUUUCUAUGACAAGGACUCGCAGUCAAGCAUUCUUCUCUACGAUGGAGACUAUGUGAGCUAUAUGACUCCAGAGAUAAAGAAGUCGAGGCGCGAUGUCUGGACCAACCUGAACUUCGCCGGAAGUAUUGACUGGGCUGUGGACCUACAAGACUUUGUGGACGGCAGCGGCAAAGCUCAAGACUACCCUGACGAUUACGAACCCGACAUCGACGUUGACCUUUACCCAGAAUGCCAGGGCAAGUAUACCUCGUUCAAGGAGAUGGAGAACAGUAAGGGUAUGGCCGCUCAUUGCGUCGAGAAGUAUAUUGUCGACGUCGAGGUUGCUGUCAUGGAAGGAGCCUUGAAGAAGUACAAGGGUCUUGUUGACGGCGGCUACGACAAGAAGUUCGAAUACUACGAGGGCUACGUCAGUGACCAAGUGCCUGACCAAAUCGAGGCGUUCAUGAUCAGCGGCAAGGCGGAUGACUACUUCAAGUGCACCGAGACCAAGAAAGUGACCUGCUGCAGCAGCUGCAACUUUGCCACCUGCCACGAGGACUGCGACUCAUCCAAGAGCUGCAAGGAUGGCAAAGGUCAGGUCGACGUCAAGUGUCCGCAGAUUUAUAGGAGCAACGCAGGGACGACCAGGAAUGUCCCCAACGUCACGUUCACGCUGCAAGACCCAAAGGGCUUCUGGAAAGACAUUGGCGAGGAGUACGGAAUUGACGAGUCAUGGAUCAAGUUCGACAGGCAGCACAUGAAGACCACUAACGGUUGCCAAUUCGCCGGCGAGGAAAUACGGGACUGCAUCGACAAGAUGGAUAUUUUCUACCACAACUACCCGAUGAGGGACAAGGUCGAGGUGGUAAACCCCAAGAAACUAGUUGGCGAGUCGUACGAUGACUCGAAAGACCUUCUGAAGCGUCUCAAAAUGGUCAGGGAUGAUGUCGAUUACGACGACCUCUCGGAUUGGGCCGACGUGGUCGAUGCUGGCUCUCUGCCCGCGCUGACGAUACAGGUGGCCGUCGAUAGCAUGGACAAGAUUGUUGAGACUGUCAAGGAGAUCCAGAAGAAGAUGCGUGAGGAGUUUAUUGUCAGCUUCAUCACAGGUAUACUCUUCAUUGUCCCCUUCGCAGGUCAGGCUCUGGGGAGCAUCGGCCUGGCGUCGCUACGUUCGCUGCUCCUCCUUGCGGGCGCGACUGGCGAGGCGGGUCUGAUGGUAUAUGGGGUCAUCGACGACCCGGCCAACGCUUUUCUGACCGUCUUCAGCUACCUGGCUGGCGCUGGAGUCGGGCGAAGCGGCUUCACAAAGGCUGCAAAUGCGAGACGGUCGAUGAAAAGCAGCGACGUUGACAAGCUGGGAUCGAUAAAGACCGACUUGCAGCGGAUUGAAGAUUUGCGUGGGGGCGCUUGCAAGAUUUAGUGAAAGAUGGAGAUGAGGUUAAGUAGACUUAAAGGAGGCGGUGGACUUUGAACACUAACUUCUUGUAUGAAUAUCAGACAGGUGCCUUGUUACCCUCGACGGUUAGAUUUGAAGUAUACAUGAAAGAUAUUUAGUCAUUGCAGUAGCAUCAGGUUCAAAAUGCUUGACUUGUGGAUAAAAUUGUGUUUUUUUUACCUUGUGCCUGAGUACACAGGAAAUACAUGAUAUAUGUAAUAGUUAUA